AUGCCUGGGAGACGCAAUGCCGGCCCCGUCGACAACUCUCUCUGUCGGCGAUGUCAGGUCGUCUCGCCGGUCAUCACCGUACGCAACGAACCGCUCUGCGAGGCCUGCUUCCGCAAAUAUGUCUUCACCAAGGUCGUCAAGCGACUCGAGACCUUCCGAGUUCGUCACUCUGAGCCCGGUCAAGAACCGACACUGUUGAUUCCUCUGUCAUUCGGAGCCGGAUCGCUGUCUUUGCUACACAUCUUGAGUGAGCAUUUGAAGACUCAGACGGAAAGGACUGGCCGGACUGGCUUCAAAUUGCAUGUCUUGCACGUCCAGAAUGACAUCGAAUCUGCACAAUCAAAUGGACAUCAAGAGCUCCUCGAAAAAAUCGAGGCACGCUUCCCGACACAUGCUUAUUCUACCAUCCCCUUUUCCGGUGUGUCGUCCCUCCCAGAUCUGCCUUCAGACGCAUCCGAGGAAAACAAUCGACUCGACACUUUACUAGCAACGUUGGACUCUGCAACAAGCCAAACAGACAUGCUGCAAAUCCUCAAACGCAAGCUCAUCGUUUCCUUCGCCAAGAAAACCAACUGCGAAGCCAUCCUCUGGGGCGACAGCACGACCAGGCUAGCCGAACGAACCCUCGCAGAGACUGCCAAAGGCCGGGGUUCCUCACUACCGUAUAUCGUGACGGACGGCACAUCACCCUUCGGCAUCGCCUUCUACUACCCUAUGCGAGAUCUUUUGAGCAAAGAGAUCGUAUCAUUUACCUCGCUGAUCGACCCUCCACUUGUCCAUCUGGUGCUGCAAGAGAAACCACGGCCAAGUAUCAGCAUGAAGAAUACGACGAUCGACGAUCUGAUGCGGCAGUACUUUGAAUCUGUCGAGCAAGACUAUCCAUCCAUCGUCGCGAAUGUGGUCAGGACUACGAGCAAAUUGCAGUCCCCUGCGUUGAGUGAGGUCGAGGAGCGAUGCGAACUUUGCGAGAUGCCUCUGCACGACCAGGCACCCGAGAAAAGCCGACUAUGUUAUGGUUGUAUCAGAACACUGCCUAGUGCAGUAGGAUGA